GAUCGUCUCCUACUGUCAGUCAGCAAGAUUUCACGACUAUGGAGUUCAUGAUUUAAUAUGGUGUAACAAUUGUCAUACUCCUAGAAGUCUGUGUACAUAAACGUUAUGUGGCCCUGAAUUGAUGGCUUCGUAAUUAGCCUUGUUAGUGCGUUCAUCAGCGCUGAGCCGCGCAAAGAUGCAUUCAUUGUAUAUCGUCGUCGGGGGGUUGCUUAGCAUAUCUUCGCUCAUCUGCGGGAGCGAGCUCGAGUACGAUGGCUGGCUGCAGUUGAGGUUAUGGCAUGCGUUUAACGACGAUCCGGUACCCGUGUUCACAGAACGAGGAAACGUUACUGUAUCCAGCGUACGUAGCGGUGCGUCCGUCGUUGGGCAGAAUGGUCUGCUACCGGCGCAAAUAAACGCUCUGAAAAAUCUCGCCGAGCACGAUGGCAAAUAUAGACUGAAGGCGCUAGCUCGUAUCUCUUCCGGCAGCGAAAUCGUAUUCCUCACCUCGGUGCCAGCGUGCUACCUGCUUGGUUCAGAUCUAGAAGAUGUCAUAACGAUAUGGUUGGAUGCUACAGCAGAGCCGAUAGCUGUGAGCAUUUCAUCUUCAGGUCCCUGUACAUUAGAUAAUCCCUUCACAAAUAUGUGGACCACAAAUGUUGUGGUCAAAUAUCCAGAUGGCGGUCCAAUUCCCGAUACCGCUACGUACAUUCAGAAGCUUGAACGAGAACGGGAAGCAAGAGAGAGAGGAGAAACUAAGGAUAAUCGUUCGUUUCUUGCAAAAUAUUGGAUGUAUAUCGUUCCUUUCUUGAUCUUUUUGCUGUUGUCAUCCGCGCCGAAUCCAGAAGCUGGCGGAAGUGCACAAAGACAAUAAUCUUCUGAUAUUAGGUCAUUAAGUAUGAAACGUUCGAUUUUCGUAUUACUAUUAAUAGCAGCAGUAACUUCGAUUAAAAUGCGCGAAAUUUAAAUUUAAAAAUAGAGUUUUAAAGCUUAAAAUCUCUAUUUUCAAAAGGCCGCUGUGUUUUUGAGUUUAAUAGUUUUUUUAUGUAGAAAACUGA